AUUCAAAAUAUCAGUCCCUCAUCACUGAUUACCUGACAAGUCUUGCUGGGCUUUUCAAUCCAGGGUGUGACCACUCAUUUUCUGGAAGGAUCCGCGUCCGCAUUUGUUUCUUGCCGUGGAGCCUUCACGCACAUGACGAUAGGAUGAGCAUCUGAUGCAGCUGCUUCAAUCCUCUCCUCGGGCCCUCUCUGCGGGCGAUCAGUCAUGGCGUCUAUGAGUGGCGUAGCACCGCUGGCAGCAGCAUCAGCACCAGCAUCAGCAUCAGCCUCAGUAACAGCAUCAGCAUCAGCCUCAGUAACAGCAUCAGCAUCAGCAUCAGCGUCAGCAACCUCAACAUCCUCCCUCGCCGUCCGCCCGAAACCUCCGCAUUGCUCUCUCUCCCACCGCAUCCCGCUCUUUCCCCACCUCAUCCGCCACCGCUGCCACGUCAGCAACGGCAGCCAAAUCGAGCCGUCUGCUGUAUACGCUCCGCCCGUCCUCUCCCCUAGACAGCGUUCCCCCUCGCGACUCCCCACGGUUGCUGUUCUCUACAGCACAGGGCAUGCCCUGGACGGCUCCCUCGUCUCCGAUCCGCUACUGCUGCCUCUGGUGCCGGCCGUAGCCUGUUCCUGGGACAGAG